CGGGGGAGUGGUUAGCCUGCUGGCUGCCUCUAUAUAGAGAAGACAGAGUCUGACAGAGCAGAUCCUGUGAGAGAGUGAGGAGCAGAAGGAAAAAGGGACAGACUGACCUUUUACCCAAACUCCCUCUACCUGUGAAUGACGUCCUGCGCUACAAAGCUUGACAGUUUUCUAUUGGAUUACAAACCCAGGAUUUCUCUCUCAAACCAAGACUCACCAUGAGGCUCGUCCUGUUGACUGUGCUGGUGCUGGUCCUGGUGGUGGCAGAAGGCACUGCGGACAGAAUCCUGUCCAGGAGGACCAAGAGGGAGCUCGCCAGCCCGCUCCACGUUGGAGGAAUCAGGGACCCUUUUGGUUCGUACUGCCAGAGGAGAGGAGGCUGCUGCCCCGGCAGAGACGACCUGUGCACGGUGCCGUACCUGGACACAAUCUGCUACUGCGACCUGUUCUGCAACCGCACCGUGUCCGACUGCUGCCCUGACUUCUGGGGCCACUGUCUCGGCGUGGAGCCACCUUUCAUUGGCAUCUGUGAAAGAAAUGGAAACAGGUUCUUUACAGGGCAAACAUACAAAGAGAACUGCAAUUUAUGCACAUGUGGGACUUCAGGACGCUGGGAGUGCGAGCAGAACGCCUGUCUGAUGGAGCCUGACAUUAUCCAUGCUGUCAACAGAGGAAACUAUGGCUGGCAGGCAGCUAACUACAGUCAGCUCUACGGCAUGACUUUGGAUGAAGGCAUCCGCUACCGUCUGGGCACACAGAGACCCUCGAGAACUAUUAUGAACAUGAACGAGAUCCAGAUGAACAUGGAUCCUCAGAGCGACCGCCUGCCGCUUUACUUCAAUUCAGCAGAGAAAUGGCCGGGAAAGAUUCACGAGCCGCUGGAUCAGGGCAACUGUGCUGCAUCCUGGGCCUUUUCAACUGCAGCUGUGGCGUCAGACAGAAUCUCCAUCCAGUCAAUGGGUCACAUGACCCCUCAGCUGUCCCCCCAAAACCUCAUCUCCUGUGACACCCGCAACCAGGGAGGCUGCGCCGGAGGACGCGUGGACGGAGCCUGGUGGUAUCUCCGGCGUAGAGGAGUGGUGACCGAGGACUGCUACCCGUACCGACCCCCACAGCAAACACCAGCCGAGGUGGGUCGCUGCAUGAUGCAGAGCCGCUCCAUCGGCCGGGGGAAGAGGCAGGCGACGCAGCACUGCCCCAACGCACACAACUACCACAACGACAUCUACCAGUCCACGCCGCCCUACAGGCUCUCAACCAACGAAAAGGAGAUUAUGAAGGAGAUUAUGGAUAAUGGCCCCGUGCAAGCUAUUAUGGAGGUCCAUGAGGACUUCUUUGUCUAUAAGAGUGGGAUCUACAAACACACUGACGUCAGCUUCACCAAACCGCCACAAUACCGCAAACAUGGCACUCACUCAGUCAGGAUCACUGGGUGGGGCGAGGAGAGGAACUUUGAUGGAACAUCCAAAAAAUAUUGGACUGCUGCCAACUCCUGGGGAAAGAACUGGGGAGAGAACGGCUACUUCCGUAUCGCUCGCGGGGACAAUGAGUGUGAGAUUGAAGCUUUUGUGAUCGGCGUCUGGGGCAGAAUCACAAUGGAGGACAUGCACAACCACCAUCACCACCAUCGUCGCCGACACAUUUAAAGACGUUGCAGAUGUUAAAAAUCCACCAAGACUCAACUGUAGUUGGGUUUUGUUUUUUUUUAAUACAGAAGAGAACCAGACCAAGACUCUCAGUACUUCAUCACAUCUCCUUUACCAACCAAGCUGGCUGGGAUGGCCACAAAACAACCCCAGAACUCUUACUUUCUACACUUUCCUCUGGGGAUCAAUACAACCCCUCUUCUCCACCCUCUCUACCCUUGUAACAGAAAAACCUCUCCCCGUUUCCCCUGUAACUCCAGGUUUAUGGCACCAAAAACAAACAAAAGCUAAGCUACAGUUACUUCGACACCUCAGGUACCUACUGUUCCAAAGACCACACAUCCCAGAAUCCUCAGAAUAAUAUCUGGUGAAACAUGUUCAUGUCAACGAUGGGUGGACGACAGAAGGAGAAGCUCAAUCUGAUCCUUUUUUUUUUACUCUUUCAUGCGUCAGGCUGGAUCUUUAGUCCUUUCAAGCUCUAAUUCUAUAAUCCAGACAGACCCAAUAUCUGAGGGACAGCUUGGAAAAGAGGAAAUCUGAGAGUCAGAUUAUCAGAAAUGAGACCCUUUUAGAAAGACACACCCUGCUGAACGGUGUAACCCGAUAAUAUGUCAUCGAUGACCUUACUGACAUUUACCUGUCAGCUAUACUGAAGCAGAGUUCGACUCAUUCUUUCGCUUUUAGAGAGGGCACUUGUGAAGAAUUAGUAGCUGCAGGCAGUAGAUUUUCUCACACAUUCCAUUAAAAACAUAGAAUCUGACACUGGAAACACAAGAUUUGGUUGAUGGUGUAGGAUUACAUCAGUUAAAAUGGCUCCUAAUGCUAUUAGAUCUUUUAAGAAACUAUAAUUCAAUAAUGAAAAAAACCAAAAUGGUAGCCCUCCUUCCACAUGUUUGUACUGAACAAACUCAGAUAUUAUUAAUUUAUCAUUUAUUCUUGGCUGCAGGUACAAAAAAAAAAAGUUAUGCUACAUAUAGACCAAUGAUAUGAAUAAAAGCCUCGCAGCUCCCCACAAACAGUGACGUGUGACGAAGUUUUAAAGAUUGUAAUGCCUUAAAGGAACAGAGUUGCUCUGACCACUGCAAAAGAAAAGUAGAACGUAUGUAUAGUAGUCUUAACUUACUCUGUUCUGUGUACACUGUUACAAUUUGAGCUAAAGAUGUUAUUUUUUUUGUUGCAGUUAUAUAUUAAAGUUUUAUUUUACUACUUGUUCUAAGACGUACUGUAUGUAGUAACUUUCAUAACACACUCAUCACUCUGUUGCUUUUCUGCUUUUACGUUAGCUGUAAGUGUGUGACCACAGCGAGGAGGACGAGGGGGGGGCAAACUGCUGCUAAAAUCCAGUCUGUGCUACACUAUUUGUCUUUAGUCGCAUGCAUCUGAUGUGUAAUAAACAUGUAAAGUCACUUCUAACACUGAAACACAGAUUCGUGUCACACAGGACGCAGAUGAGCUUUGUUUUUUUAUUGCUGGAAAUUUAACAUGUUCCUCCAACCCUGAUUCUAUCUGCUUUGAAAUAGCUUUAAUUUCAUUUUUUUGAGCAUAGCUUCACUUGAAAAGGAAAGCCCAGUGUGUUAUUACCGCAUACCUUACAUUACAUUUAACUUCAAAAGGCUUUUCCGUUUCUAUAUCAUCAUGUCUUGUGAUCUUUAAGGUUUUUCCAUCGCUUCCCUCAGGCAUGGAUGGGCAGAUAGGUAUAAAAGCAAAGAGGAAUGUCUGGACAGACGAGCAAUGUGCACCGUUGUGGAGCGGCUCCAGCGGUUUCUCAUGCAAUGUACUGAAUCUUUUAUUGUGAAGUAAGCGAAGGCAGGGAAGGAUCACGAGUAGUCCAUCGACAUGAGAUGCACAAAAGGUUUACAGUAAAUAACAACACACCAGGAACAAUGUGAAACUGAGCUCCUUGUCCUGAAGAGACAGUGGUUAUGUCAGUCAUCUGGAUCAGAACGAUUUUUCUAUUUUCAUCUGUGAACAAGUUGCUACAGCUCCUUUACCCAGAGAGGAAAAGAUCAAUGGACAAAACUUGUAUUUGGUUUGCAUAGCUGUGUUGCAGUUCUCACUCAAGGCAAAGCAGAAAGAAGCAGAAGGAUUUGACCAAAGCGGAUUUUUUUUUCUCCCCUGUUUAUCAGAGACCUCUUAUUUUGAAAGCACAUGUUUUCCUGCCAUAUGGUCACUUGGAUUCAUGGUUAGCUUUGACUAAAAUGCAAUAGAUAACAUUAAGUAUAUAGAAAAUGUAAAAAUCCUCUUUAAGUUUCUCAAGGAGACGUCCAAGAACAACACAUGUGCCACAUUCGUUUAAAUAGAGGUUCACAUGGGACGAGUCUGUUGCUAAAGAUUCUCAGCGAAAACUUAAAAUCUGUUCCAUAGAAAAUGAGCUUUAACCAAAAAAGUUUUCUCCACCUCCACAAUCUCUCCUCCAGAAGCCUCCCAGGAGCUGCAGCACACACCCACUCAGAAGUUGUGUAUUUAGUGUAAAAUGAACCACUUCAUAUUCAUUGAUGUGUAGACUUUAUUUAUGACAAGAUGUGUAAAUUAUAUACUUUUAUUCUCCUUUCGUUUUCCUGUGCAAUGUUUCAUUAUCUCUCUGUCUCUUGUACUGUGCGCACUAAAUGCAAUACCACAUUAGUGUCCACUUACACAAUAAAGUCUUUCCAAAACCACA